AUGGCCACUCCAAUCGAGACCCGCCUAUUCAUCAACAACGAAUAUGUAGAAGCCAAAUCAGGCCAAACCAUCCAAGUCCACAACCCGGUCGACGGCAGCCUCAUCGCCAGCAACAUCCAUGUCGCCGGCGAAUCAGACGUCGACGACGCGGUAGCCGCAGCCACAAAGGCGUUCAAGGAAGGACCCUGGAGUCAAUUCACAGGCACACAGAGAGGAAAAUUACUAUAUCGAUUUGCAGAUCUAUUGGAGCAGAAUCUCGAUGAGGUUGUGCGUUUGGAGUCGUUGGCGAUGGGGAUUCCUGUGGGUGGAGCGAAGAUGAUUGCGCAGAAGAUUCCGGCUUAUUUUAGAUACUAUGCUGGAUAUGCCGAUAAACUAGAAGGUGAUGUGUUUCCACCCGAGGAAGGGAGUUACAACUUUGUCCAGUAUGAGCCCCUGGGGGUUGUGGCUUGUAUCGCUGCAUGGAACACUACAUAUCUCUACUAUGCAUGGAAAAUCGCUCCAGCUCUAGCAGCAGGAAACACAGUCAUCUUCAAAACAUCCGAAAAAUCACCCCUGGGAGGUUUGUUUAUUGGUAAACUUUUUGUCGAAGCAGGCUUCCCUCCUGGCGUCGUCAACCUUGUCACCGGCGCCGGUCAAACGGGUCAUUUACUCGCUGCCCAUCCCAAGAUUCGUAUGAUCUCAUUCACGGGUUCCAUCAACACCGGUCGUAAGGUCCAAGAAGCCGCGGCAAAAAGUAAUCUAAAGAAAGUUUCUUUGGAGCUGGGCGGUAAGAGUCCUGCAAUUGUCUUUGAGGAUGCGGAUUUGGCGAAUGCUGUGCCUAAUCUUGCUCAUGGCUUCCUGUUCAAUUCAGGACAAGUCUGCGCCGCCGCAACCCGCCUCUACAUCCACGAAUCAAUCUCCGACAAAUUAAUCCCCAUCCUAAAAUCAACCUUCGAAUCCAUCUCCCAAGGUCUCGGCUCCUCCCCCCUCGAUCCAAACACCUUCAUCGGCCCCGUCGCAGACUCAGCCCAAUUCGAAAAUGUAAUGCGCUACAUCGCCGAGGGUAAAAAGACCGCCCAACUAAUCACGGGAGGGAAUCAAAAGGGCGAUAAGGGUUUUUUCAUUGAACCUACUAUCUUCUACGAGCCAAAUCCCAAUGCGAAGAUUAUCAAGGAAGAGAUUUUUGGACCUGUGUUGGUUGUUCAGACGUUCAAGACGGAGGAGGAGGUUAUUGCGAUGGCGAAUGACACGGAGUAUGGGUUGUCUGCAUCUAUAUACACUGAGAAUAUCUCACGUGCAUUAAGAGUUGCAAGUAAGAUUGAAAGUGGCAGUGUGGCUAUUAACUGCGCCUUCAGACCGGAAAAGUCCACGGCGUUCGGAGGGUAUAAGCAGAGUGGGAAUGGUACGAGGGAGUCUGGGAAGUAUGGAUUACAUGACUUUAUGCAGGCCAAGACGAUUCAUGUUAAGCUUUAA